GAUUCAAAAUUCAUGAUAAAUUUGCACCAAAAUAAGAUUAACUUUCCAGGAUUAAUGAGUAAUGAAAUAUUUAUUUUUUUAUGUGUUCACAUCGUAAUGACCAUUCAUCAAUAAUUGAUGAUGAAAACUUGAACAAUUAUUUAAAAUAAUUAUCUUUUUACACGCAUCAACCCUGAAAAGAUAAUCAUAUUUCGAAGUGCGUGAAAGAAUAAUCAUGCGUCCCGACUUUCAAAUGAUUGUAAAUACAACUUUUUCUUUAUGAGUUAUCGAUGAAUGGUCAUUACGAUGUUAACACAUCGAUGCAUAACAAAAACCAAAAUCUAAGUUUAAACACUCUACCCUUCUUUGAUUAAAAAAAAACGAGAAAAAAAUGAUACACGGUUAGAAGAAAAGAGCGCAAUAUUGCUGAAAGCAAGGAGUCAAAUUGACGCAGACUUUCUUUUCAGGGUCAAAAUAUGAUUAUUAUCCAGGAUUCAAUACAUUUUAUUCAAUCGAUUGCAAUUUGAAAUUGCGAAACAAAAAAUCAAAUGCAUUUCUGAAAACAACAGUCACUAGUUUCAAUCACAAAACGCUUCGUCUCAAACAUUCACAAAAAUCAAAAAAACUCCUAAAAGCAUCCGGAAAAUUCCACGAAUGAUUGAUAAAUAGAAAGGAAAACAAAUUCUACCGUUACUAUCAGCAUCAGCAAACUCCCCUUUAUUGCUUACCUAUUCAUUCAUUUACGCAGUAAACUUCUCACUUCUGCUUACGCACCAGGCAAUGAACAUAACAUUCAGCUCUCAUCAAGUUCGAGUGAACGCUCAGACAAUCUACCCGAAUCAUGAACAAUCGAGAGCGUUCGAGAAAUUUCUCAUCAAAUGAAAUCACCAUAUAAAAAUCGAGCAGCGCCCAAAAAGCGGCAUCAGUUGUAAACAAAAUACGUGCGAGAGAACAUUCCAAGUGAGAAGCGAAACGUGAAAAUACUCGUAACGAAACAAUUUGAAAGUGCAUAAAUCUAUACUGUGCAGAUCAAAAGCAAAAUGUCGCUAGUUCCUUUAUUACUCCGUGAUUGGUGUGACGACCUUCGCAGCACGCCACCUCGGCCAUCCCGUAUUCUGGAGAAAUUCUUCGGUGAGGACCUCUUCCCAGAGGAUCUGCUGGUGGCAGUCGAUCACGUUCCAAAGCGUCGUGGACAGAAACGCCCGUGGCAUUUGGCCGCACUUGGCGCUCAGGAGGACAACGGUGCAGUCGUCAAGAAAAACAAGGACGGAUUCCAAGUCAGUGUCGAUGUGACACAGUUCACACCGGAGGAAAUAUCCGUAAAGCUGGCCGAUAACUUAAUCACAAUCGAAGGCAAACACGAGGAAAAGCAGGACGAGCACGGUUUUGUGUCGCGUCAUUUUGUCCGCAAGUAUCGGCUACCGGAGGGACAUGAUGCGGAACGCAUGGUCUCAUCACUUUCGCCCGAUGGAGUCCUGACGGUUAAGGCCCCCAGGUUGGCACUGCCCGGCACGGAAGGAGAGCGUACUAUUCCGAUUGUGCGUACCGACAAGGCUAUCAAAGAGAACCGAAAAAAUGGGAAAUAAGUCGGUGCUCAUAUAACUAAACUUUUUCCUCAUUUCAUCUAUCGUUCAUUCAUUCAGUAGCGUUAAGAGUUCUCAGCAUUUUCAGUAAGAUGUAAUAUGUAAGAAUAAAAUAAAACUACUGAGUACCUUGAUAACGAAAA